AUGCUUUAACCCCCUUGGAAGUUUAUGAACGUACCUCUUCUAAUAAGCUGAUUACAGAAGAAGAGCUACAACAACAAAUAAUGCAGAGGAUUGAAAAAGUGCUAGGAUCUUUAACAGAAUCCCAUAUGAUAGCAAGAAAAAAAAUAAAGCAAGCACAAGCUUAUCAAAAACGGUACCAUGAUAAUAAUCAUAAGUUAGAGUCUUAUGAAAUUGGCGACAAAGUACUACUUCAACGGUCUGAAAUUCAACAUUCUAAAAGCGCUAAACUUGAAGUUCAAUGUAGCGGUCCUUACUAUAUUCACAACGUUCUAGGAAAUAGAACUUAUAAGUUAAGAACUAUCACCAGGAGUGAAGUUCUUAAAAAAGCAAUUCAUGGAAACAGGCUGAAGCUAUACCACCCCCGUCCAGGAUAUCAUUAUUAUCUUGGGAUUUCAUUAGAAGCUCACUUUUGGAAUGAAGGUGCUCGAAAAGAAGUUCGCAAACACUUCCGCCCCCGUAAAUAUCAUGAAAUUUGGAAAACCACCUAUCGUGUUUACCAAUUAUACUCUAUUCGAGGCCUUGGUAAUCUUUUAUCGUCUCAACAUAUUACUCCUUUUGUCCUAUUCCGUAUGUAUGAUGAAGAUUUUUCUAUGUUAUUAGAAGAAGCCAGAUCUAUAAGAAAUUCGGAAAUUGACGACUUACUUGGUUCG